UUUUGAUGCCCAAGACCUUCAUUCAGCCAUUGAAGUAGAGACGCAGGAGCUCACAGGCUGCCCGACGCUUCUUCUCACCUCUCCGGGAUCAGAAGACAAAGCCGUUCCGAUAAAUACUGGCAGAUCGUUAUUAAAAUUGAUCAGAAGAGGCAGAUGCGCACUCUCCGAAAUUGAUUCUUUCACCCGGGUAGUCUUAUGGUCGUUCGUGCACUGCUUUCGUCUCCGGAUUCUCGGAAAGUAAAUAUAUAAUGCCGUAAUGUUUAUGUUGUGUAAGUGCGCUUAAUGCUGUUGAAUUUUGAAACACAGGCAUGAAUAAAGUCGAACGAUGCCAAAAUACGCUUUUGCUUGUCAAAAUCGCUGUGUCCCCUAUUGCAUGGCUUCUGCAAGAAUACUCAAAAGGGAUUGAUUUUUUCGGACUGUGAAUGAAGUGCGGCAUCGCAGUCGAUCCUUGUGAACGAGAUUUACUUGUUUAACUUCGUCACGUGCGGUCACACGGAAGGCGGCAUGCUUGAGCUUUUUUGCAGGGCACCGUCUUCUGCUGCUCUGCAAGCAAAAUAAACAAGCGCACACGAGUUGACACGCAUCUCGGACGGCGCGUGCUCAUCCACACGCACACCAAACAGGCGCGCGCUAUCGAGAACUUGGACCCGCUCACGCGCUUCAGGAGAAGUCCCCUGCGCGGCUCCGACUAACACGUUCGCUUUGCUUUCAAACAAUCGGAGCCAAACCGUUGCGCCGCCGUACAGCAUGAAGACGACGUCGAUUUGCACGUGUGGCCUCGCCGACAUCUAGAAUAGUAUGUGCUUUCCUUCUUCUCAUAGCACAAGUACAAUAAUCUGAGGGGUUGGCGAAGUGCCCCCCUGUCAAGGUCAGCACAACACCACGGCGAGCCUAGGCACCCUGCUGUCGACCUGCUUUUCUUGCCAGCGUCUCUGUGGGGUCUGCGCAGCGCCCCAGAACCCUGGCAAUAACGCAGGCGCCCCACAUAUUGGGCUACUCCAACUGCACCCCCCAGUGCUCGGCAGUGUCCCUGCCCACCGUGCGAUCGGAAGGGGCAAUGCCAACAGCGUCGCGGCAAUGGCACCCCGCGGAGGCACGGCACAGGCAGAACAACAUGCCAGGACCUUUCGCUCUUACCUGCCAAUGGGUGUCCGAACGUACAGCUGCAUCCACUGCAGAGCCCAUCUUGCUGACCACCACCAACUCAUUUCUAAGUCCUUCCAAGGGAGUCAAGGAAGAGCUUACCUUUUCAAUUCCGUAGUGAACGUGGGCUGUGGACCGGCUGAAGAGAGGGUCCUGUUGACAGGCCUGCAUGCUGUGGCGGACAUUUAUUGUGAAAGCUGCAAAACAACGCUAGGUUGGAAAUAUGAACACGCGUUUGAGACAAGCCAGAAGUACAAGGAGGGGAAGUAUAUAAUUGAAGUAGCGCACAUGGUGAAAGAGAACUGCUGGGAGUAAGCCUGGGAAAAGUACAACAGUGGCCGUAAGCAAAUCCAUCGCUCUCUACUUUUCAUCACUUCCAACUGUUGUCCGCUGCAUCUCAUCGUCAAAGUAGGCUGCAGAGGAUGAACUGAGCUCAUGGACUUGUGUUGCCGGGAGGACAGCUGUCUCUUUAUUAAGAAUUCUCACAUUUUUACAGGUGAUGCUGUUAUCUCAGCAUUUCAUAUUAAUCUCAGGCAAAUGUGAAAUGUGAUUUGUGAUGGACCGUGUGCUGCAUGGAUGAUGAGAUUUUUGGAUCAUUCUACUGGGCCCAUAUAGUCAGCAUCGUAAUAUCAUUAGAGAUGUACAAACAAUCUGAUAUCGAUGCAUCGAUACAUGGGUAAAAGUACACAAAAGGAUGAAGAAACCUUUGUAUACGGACUCUCCAAGUGUCGCUCACGUAACUCAAAAGAUGCCGAGUUUCACAUCACAAUGGACUCCAACACGUUUUGGGCGCACCUUGACUGAUUGGAGACAUGCAUUGGCAUUUCUUGUCAAAGGAGCAAAUUAAAGCUCUCACAGAACCAACGGUGACAUAUGUCGUGGUGGACCUAACGGUUAUCUGCUCUGAUCCGUGAGACGUUGCCAAGAAUUGCUCUGGGUAGUGAAAAGCCGCACAAUUAACCUCUCUAGUCCAUUAAGUUGUUAUCUUAGAACUUUUUUGUUCAAUGAGACACUGGGUUCUAGUGUCUGUGGUUAAUAACCCAUUUCAUUAGAUGUACACUUCUGGUCAAAUGUUUUAGAACACCUCAGUUUUUGUGUGAAAGGCACUAUAUAAUAGAUAGAUAGAUAUUAAUAAAGU